AUGACGCUAGAUAGUAAUGAUGUCUCCAGGUUGAUUCGACAACUAGAGGCUGAUCGGAAAGCAUAUCUUUCAAUCUUUGAAAAAGUCCAUGAGACUUUGAAUCAGGCUCUCAACGGCCAGUCUUCAUCACUGGCAGCGUCGCCGACCACAUCUCCACUGCCAAUAUCCGAACGUGGGCCUGGUGACAGGCCUUCAUCUUCUUCCAAAGGCAGUCACCCGACCAGACAGGGUACUUUCAGUCUAGAACGCCAUCAGACAAAUGUUCCAAAGGGAUCAAUAUUUACGGGAGACGGAAGUUCUGACAGUGAGGAUGAUGAAUCAUUCUUUGCACAGGACAUCUUGUCGGCGAGGGACUUCUCGGAGACCGAUCUGAUCGAACACCUAAAGACGCAUCCUUGGGACGUUUAUAGCAAGUACAUCCUCCAAGAUUUGCUCCGUAAUAUCCCUCUACUGGAGAAUGGAAUAUUUCUCAAGGACAGGCACCACCAAUCAGACGCAAAUCACCAUCACGCAGAUAUCUAUCAUGUCUCGACAGACGGAGCCCCUCUACGCCUCAGCCGGGGUGAUUCGGAUGAUGGUCCACUUGCGGUAUGGGAGGCGUUGAAGAGUAUCAAUAGUGAUAGUACAAGGGAUCGUCAGGCUGUCGGACGGAUUAUUGUCGUUAGAGAGCCACCUUCAAGCCUCUUCGCAGCCCUUCAUCUGACGAUGAAAGAUCACUUCGACAUGGACAGCAUCUACCGGUUACUGAUUGACGACCACACGCCUACUAAAGCUAUCACCAAAGGCUAUCUACAACAGGACCAUCGCCGACAGAGGUCAAUCGUUUUUGUCUUCAAGUAUCAUACAAUCAUUGGAGAUGGCCGAGCGCCGCUGCCCUGGCAAAAUCACGAUGAUUAUGAAGAACCUCAAGAAGACAACGUUCCUCUCUCAACUUGUUCAUCGGUGGUGGCACUUUCACUAGCUGGCAGGCCGAGUCACAGCCUACGGCGAAAUUCUAGAAAGAGGAAGUCCAUUGUUGGGCAUAUCUACGACCCUUUCGCUCCAUGGCAUGUUCUCUCGAUACAAUGUUUCCCGGAUUGGAAAUCCAGCGUCGACGUCCACGAGACCAACCACCAUUACGUGAAUGGCCCUGAUGCCUUCCUCGCCACCCUCCUUGGAGAGUACAGAGACGCUGUCAAAAGAUUAAAGGAGGUGCUUUCCAGUAUACAGCUGCUGGCAACACCACCAAACAAGUCAAUUUUUGACAGCGCACUACGGGACGAGCUCUUGUUCGAGAACGAUAAGUAUACCUAUUCGCGGCGAUACUUCUGGGCAUCGCAGACAUUGGGCCUGCUAAGCAAUGAAAUAAAGGCCAUGAUCGCCGCAUAUAAGGAGACUUUUACCGAUGAAGUCUGGUCUGGAGAGCAUAAGACGUUGUUUCCUGGAACGAAAGAACAGUCUUCUCGCUACAACAAUUGGAGGAAGAAGUUGGUCCAUACUCGACGACAAUUCGAAAAGGAGAUAAUCCGGCUGGAGGAGGUCUUGAUCAUGUUUCAGCAGCAACAGAAAGAUAUUCGCGGACUCCGUGAGUGGCUGUUUAGCGGUACAUCGGUCCUCGAAAGCAGGGAAGCCGUCAAUAUGGCCAAAAUCACAGUCGAACAAGGCUACAACAUCCGCUUACUGACGUUGGUCACACUCUUUUACCUGCCGUUGACCUUUGUCACUUCCAUCUAUGGUAUGACGAACAUGCCUACUGACGACUCUUAUUUCCCAUUUGCACUCACUUGCGUGGGCAUUUGCAUCCCGACAUAUCUCCUGAUCCUGAUUGUUAAUAACCCAGACAAUGUCAGAGCCAUACUAGGAAACGCUGGACUUCUUUUUAUCCGCGUUAGCUCUUGUGCCGCACCGAAAAGGUCUGCACGGCUAAAGAAGAAGAUCCUAGAGCGUAAGCUCCAGCAAUCGGAAGAGAAAAGGCCAACUGUGCACGAGACGCCCACCCACGCCAGUCUCGAAGCCAGACUGUCCCACGACUUGACUCCGGACAUGUCAAUUCGCGGCACUCAGGGGUUCUUGCAAACAACGACACGACGCAUGUCCCAGAGUAUUCACAGUCAUAUCCCUGGAGUCGGAAGGCGUGCAACACAGAAACCUACAAGCGAGGUCAAUAACGGACUACCGACGUGGCAGGAGGAGACUGGCGAACAACCAUCCAGAUUUCGCAAACGCUCCAGUACGAUCAAGUUCGAAGAGCCACACUACGCACCGACAAGAAGACGAGCCAGCGACCUGGAUGCAGAGUCGCAUUAUGGUCCGAGGAGGACGGAAACAGCACUGUCAGAGGGCACAACGCUGCAGGAAACGGACAGGUCUAACACAGACCUUUCUCCGGUUUCGCGCAGUGUGAGUCCCUCCAGACAAGAACUGAACGGCAAGCCCAUGCUACCACCAACGGCUGCGGUCUCGUUAAGGCCGUUGCGGAAACGUAGUACCAGUCCACGAAAUCCCCGUCCAAAGUCCUUGCUUAGAAAACUGAGCGACCGAUUUUCAACCCUGCAAGACUCCCCAAAAGCAUCAGAGUCUGGAAGUCUAGGUCCUGAAGAAUCUGUCUAG